UUGAUUUCCGUGAGCUGUGAUCAUCAAGAAUCAAACCUUUUCACUUUGUGGCCUGAAUCUAGAAGAUCUGAAAGUUUGACUUGCGGUAAAAACUGAUUACUGUUGACUGUGAGUCUCUGUCGUUACAGGCGGGAGACAAAUCUCUGUCCAACGUGAUCGCUCAUGAGAUCUCCCACAGCUGGACGGGUAAUCUGGUGACCAAUAAGACCUGGGAGCACUUCUGGCUGAACGAAGGUCACACGGUGUACCUGGAGAGGAUGAUUGGCAGGUGUAUGGACAGUGAACAGUUCCGACAGUUUAAAGCCAUGGGGGGCUGGAAGGAGCUGCAGGACUCGGUGAAUACCUUUGGAGCCAACAACCCUCUGACCAACCUGGUCCCCAGCCUGCAGGACGUCGACCCCGACGACGCCUUCUCCUCUGUGCCCUACGAGAAAGGCUUUGCUUUGCUGUACCAUCUGGAGGAGCUGAUGGGAGGCCCAGAGGUGUUCAUGGGUUUUGUGAAGUCGUACAUCCAGCUGUUUGCCUACAGCAGCGUCACGACAGACGAGUGGAAGAACUACCUGUUCACCUACUUUAAAGACAAGGUGGACAUCCUGAACAAGGUGGACUGGAACGCCUGGAUGUUCACUCCUGGGAUGCCUCCCGUCAAACCUCAGUACGACACCACGCUGGCCGACGCCUGCAUCGCUCUGAGCCAGAGGUGGAUCAAGGCCAAAGACCAGGACCUGAGCAGCUUUAAAGAGUCCGAUGUGAAGACGCUGUCGUCCCACCAGCUCAUCGAGUUCCUGUCCCUCCUGCUUCAGGAGGAUCCUCUCCCUCUGACUCACGUGAAGAAGAUGCAGGAGGUUUAUGACCUCAACGCCUUUAUGAACUCAGAGAUCCGCUUCAGGUGGCUCAGGUUGUGUGUUCGGUCCAGGUGGGAGGAAGCGGUUCCCCUGGCGCUGAAGAUGGCGACCGAGCAGGGCAGGAUGAAGUUCACCAGACCGCUCUUCAG